CCAACAUUCUCAUCCUAAACAAAAAAUACAACUAUUUCACAACUCGAAGAAAAAUGAAUUCCAAACCGAUUGUUCUUCUCGGCCUUUUAGCUCUUCUAGUUUCUUCAGAAGUAGUUUCAGCCAGCAGAGAACUCGCUGAGAAAACUAAUGCCGUCGAUCCAUCUGAGAAAACCAACGGAGAUGCGGCCAAAGACCAAGGUGGAUAUGGAGGUUUUCCCGGCGGCGGAAAUGGAGGUUUUCCGGGCCGCGGUAAUGGAGGUUUUCCCGGCGGCGGAAAUGGAGGUUUCCCGGGCGGCGGAAAUGGGGGUUUUCCCGGCGGCGGUAAUGGAGGUUUUCCGGGCCGCGGUAAUGGAGGUUUUCCUGGCGGCGGAAAUGGUGGUUUUCCCGGCGGCGGUAAUGGAGGUUUUCCUGGCGGCGGAAAUGGAGGUUUUCCGGGAGGCGGUAAUGGUGGUUUUCCCGGCGGCGGAAAUGGAGGUUUCCCGGGCGGCGGAAAUGGUGGUUUUCCCGGCGGCGGUAAUGGAGGUUUUCCGGGAGGCGGUAAUGGAGGUUUUCCGGGCCGCGGUAAUGGUGGUUUUCCCGGCGGCGGUAAUGGAGGUUUUCCUGGCGGCGGAAAUGGAGGUUUUCCGGAAGGCGGUAAUGGAGGUUUUCCCGGCGGCGGAAAUGGAGGUUUUCCGGGAGGUGGUAAUGGAGGUUUUCCUGGCGGCGGAAAUGGUGGUAAUGGAGGUUUUCCCGGCGGCGGAAGUGGAGGUUUUCCGGGCGGCGGUAAUGGAGGUUUUCCCGGCGGCGGAAAUGGAGGUUUUCCGGGAGGUGGUAAUGGAGGUUUUCCUGGCGGCGGAAAUGGCGGUAAUGGAGGUUUUCCCGGCGGCGGAAAUGGAGGUUUUCCGGGAGGCAGAAAUGGAGGUUUUCCCGGCGGCGGAAAUGGAGGUUACCCCGCCCCGCCGGCGGUUGCAGCGACUGGUGAUAAAAAGGCGGAGGUCGACACUCACAACUAAGCAAGGCAGCCUUAAAUAUAAUUAAGCCUAAUUAAGAUGUAAUGAAUAAAAUGCAUGCAUGGGCGUACAUACAUACAUGCUCGUGGUGUGCCGGUUUUACUUGUUAUAUAUAUUAUGAUGAUGUAACCGUCUGAUUUAUGUAAUUUUGCUUUCGCUAAUACACCAAGUUUCAAGUA